GCACAAAGGAGAUCUCCAGAGCUACAUAGCCGUUAGAACACGCCGAGCGUUUUUUUUUUUACUCCAUUUUAUCGGCAAACUUUGUCAAUAGUUGUGCAGUGUGCUUGGAAUUUCACAUUCAAGCAUCGAGGUAGCUCGACUGUGGACAACGCUAUUCGAAAGGUUUCCCUAUGCUGCUGAAAGAAGAUGGGUACUGUCAAAAGACAAGCUACCACGAAGUAGAAGACAAGCAGCGUAAAAAUGAAAACAGUGCUACAAAGUACCCGGAUUUGGGCUCUUUUGACGUCUUUUAUUUUGUUCGCCGCUUACACUCUGCUAUGGAAUAUCUCUUCGGAAAAAGUUGCAGCUCCGCACAGCGACCCGAAGAAGAAGUACAGUUGGCACAUAACAGCAGCGGAGUAUCAUCUAGAUUUUAUCAUCAAUCCAACAGGAAAGUGUGCAGACUCUGAUUUGUUUUUAGUUGUCAUGGUUACGUCCAGACAUGCGCACUUCGAAGCCAGAGCCACCAUUAGAGAAACCUGGGGAAACGCGACAAGCAUCAUGGGAUACAAGCUUACGACCUUGUUCGUCAUUGGACGAACUGACGAUUCAAAUUUACAAAGAAAACUCGUUGAAGAGAGUCAGACGUAUGGCGACCUUGUACAGAUGGAUUCCUACGAAUCAUACGAGAAUCUAACGCUGAAAACUAUCUCUGCCCUAAAGUGGACGUCAAUCAACUGCAAACAGGCAAAAUUCGUCAUGAAAACAGAUGAUGAUAUGUUCGUGAACUACCCCAGGCUUGUGCGCAUUCUAGCGGAAUACAGUCAAACUGCAGGUCAAGAGAAUCUCAUGUUGGGAUGCGUUGUAUCAUGGGCAUUUCCUGAGCGGACCCCCGGGAAGAAAUGGUACAUGGAUCCUAGUAUUUUUCCGCACUGGCUUUAUCCAUCGUAUUGCAUCGGUGCUGGUUACGUCAUUUCCUCUGACGUGGCACACAAGUUGUAUAUGACGUCACUCAAAGUGCCUGUCGUUCAGAUUGAAGAUGUAUAUUUGGGAAUGUGUGCGGAAAAAGCUGGAAUCAAACCUCAAAAUCAUCCAGAGUUUUCCUGUUGGAAGGACACUUCAUACAGAUAUUGCAAGUUCAAAGAGUUGGUAACGGCACAUGGGAUGAAACCACGUGACCUAACCAAGGCAUGGGCAGACCUGAAAACCCAAGAUGGCCGAAAUUGCUCCCCAAAAGAUAAGCUAUUUGAGAAAGUUUCUAGUCUUUUUAACGCAAAAUAGUGUUGUUUUUU